UAAGAAAACCAUAGCAAGAAUCAUAGGCAACUGAACAUCAGUGAAAUCAGUGAAGCUCAAACAUUCUCAACUGUAUUCAGCUCGGGGGAACAUGCCAGAUAACACACCUUCGUAUGACCACAAUGAAUAUUUCUUCUACACAUAUUCAGGCUCCGGUUAUCCUGACAAUUAUAACCCAUUUUAUGAUUAUUAUUAUUAUUAUAACACAGAUUAUUUAGACAAUUCUGAAAAUGCUACUGAUUCCCCUAUUCCGACAGUGGAGCGGUCUCUUCCUAGUGCUAUCAAUAUGGUGGGACUGAUAGCUUUAUGUAUUGAAAUCCCAGCAAUUUGCCUGGCUGCUUAUGCCCUGUACCGUUUGGUCAGACCUGGUGAAGUGGCCCCCCUUUACAUCAUUAACCUUCUCAUUUCAGACCUCAUUCAGGUCAUCAUUAGACCAGCCUUGGCAAUAAAGGAAGUUGACCUUGGGGUUUCACAAAUUUUCAGUAAUCCAAUAGCAAAACAUCUGUCACCUGUCCAUCCCAAAGCGAGCGGUGGUAUUAGGACACUGGGAAAAUGGGUUUCUGCCAUUGCAUAUGUUGACUUUUCUUUGGGCAUUUUUGUAAACAUAGGUUUUAUGGUCUGUGUCUCACUGGAGAGAUAUCUGAUGAUUUCCAAACCCAUGUGGUACCAUUGCCGGCGCACAGUCAAGCACUCAGCCCUGAUCUCACUAGCAGUGUGGGUUACUGCUGCCACAUACCUUGCUAUAUGUCUUGUCCUUGAUUUGUUUUGGAACUGCAAGAUUGCCUGUGUGCUAGAAUCAAUCUAUUUCCUUAUCCCUUUUCCCGUACUUCUCUUUGUCUUUGUGGGAACAUGGAGAGCUCUGUCUCACUCCACUUUGUGUCAUGCUGAAAAGAAAAGGAUUCUGGGAAUACUGGUCCUUGUCAUUUUCAAUUACACUCUGUUUUUCCUUCCCACCAUUGUUUAUGGACUUUGGAAGCAUUUUCUGUUUGUGCAUAAAACUAGUAUAAGGACACAACCACAAUCUCUGACGAAUCUAGACGACAUUGCCACAGUAUUACUGUAUAUCAGUCCUUUUGUGGACGUCUUGCUGUACAUCUUCAUGGGAAAACAUGUUAAAGAGAUACUGGUGCUCUUUCAAUGCUGCAGAAGGCAGACCAAUCACAACGGGAACAGAACGACUGUCCGAACUGUGACCGAACUGCUCAGUGUCUAAAUUAUUUGUGAAGUUUUUGAGGGCCAGUUAUUGAUGAAACUGCCUGUUCAUGCCCUACAUUGAUGUUUGAGUUUUUGUGUUUUGCCUUGUAUCACAAAUCAAUACCAUGACAAUGCAAUUGUCAUCACAGUAGGGAAAUAGGCACUUUUAACCACAGUAGCCCCUGGAUGAUUGUGACUGAUUGGGUGAUUAGGCCUGGCUGGCAGUUGGCUUUCCAACUGAUCCCAAAGGUGUUGGAUGGGGUUGAAGUCAGGGCUCUGUGCAAGUCAGUCGGGUUCUUCCACUCCUUUCCUGACAAAA